CAUUUUGUUGUCAUCGGUCUGCUGUCACUAACACCAACAAAAGUUGUACGCAAGAGAAAGUGCUUGAGCCAUUUUGGAAAAUACAAUUCCGCCAUAUUUACCGGCAAAAUUCAAAAUAUUUACAUUGCUAAUAAAUAUUUAGCGGCACAUCAAUCAGGUUGUGCUUUAAACGGGCCGUGUGACAACGCGAACGGACCAAAAAACGACAAAUUUGACAGACAACGUCUGCCACUGCCGCUGCUGCCGUCGACGCAGCGCCCCACGCACCGAUGUCAAUAGGACAGCAGUAGAGAAUACAAACAACGCCAACAACCACAGCGACUGGCACCGAAAUUGGCCAUCGGUGGGUCCCCAUCUACAGACGCAUAUACACACGAGCGCGCGCGCCUACAUAUACAACAACUUGUACACACAAACACAUACAGACGCGCGUAGUUAUACAAACACACUCACACAUUGAGGCGUACGUGAACGAAACAAACACGCCAAAACGAUGACAAGUCAUCAUCAAGGCGGCAAUUUUCAAGCCAGAGCGCCGCCAAUCGUAAAAAAUCUAUCACUGGCCGCAGCCGCAGUACCGCUGCCUCUGCCUCUGUCGCUACCGCUGUCCCUGCCGAUGUCGAUGUCUGCCUCCUCAUCCUCUUCCUCCUCAGUUCACAAUCAUAAUACAAACACAACGUCGCCGUUGUAUUUCACACACAUUCUGCCUCCGACGACGGCAAUUGUGGAGAAUCAGCAUCCGUACAGCACCGACUUGGAUGGUACGGAACAUAUGGGCAGUGCCGGAGACAACGAAAGUUUCCUGAUCGAAGAGAUCAUUGAUGAUUAUGAUGAAGAUGCCAAUAUUGUUGUAGACACUGGCGAGUUUUUCGUAUCUGGCGAUGUCUAUGAGUUCUGUUCGGUGGACCGCAUAGAUAUGGGCAUGGCCACAGCAGACGCCCUGCCGCCGCCAAUAAUAAUGCAGCAACAGGAGCAGGAUAGCGAUGAUGAGGAUGAUGGCCAAGAAGUGGAUGGUGAGAUGCGAUUAUCAUCGGGCGACGAAGACGAUGAAACGCCGAUCAUGCAACGGGAUACAAAUGCCUUUGAAAUAGCCUCAGAAAUGUUAACAACAAUUGAGUCAACAGCAGCAACUAUUAAAGAGGAGCAGCUGGAAAAUGACUACUAUAUGAAGUCCACUGAUGAUUCCAAUAGCUGUCACGUACAGGACUUUAAGCCAUUUGGCAGACCGCAACGUCAAGCCAAUAACAUAAGCAACAACCACAAUAACCACAACAUCAACGGCCAUGGCCAUGGUCACGGCACUGCGAAGCGUUGGAAGCAGACGAAAGUGCCUAUACGAAUCACACAAGAUCAGUUCAAUGUGACGCUUUGGUCAUCCCUCAAUUCGGAAGAUGAGGAUGAAGAGGAAUUGGAUUUGGAUGAGCAACAUGCAGCCGAUCAGCAGGCCCUGGCAGCACCUCAAGUAAUCAGCAGUACAACGAACAGAACUAACGAAAUGCCAAAGCUAAUCAUUGACGAGCAUAUGAUGCAUCACGAUGUGCUCAGCGAUGGUAUCGGCAAUGAGUAUGUCAUAUUGCCAGAUCCAUUCAGUGCGGCUGCUGUCACAGACGUCGAGGAGGUGGUGAAUGCAUUUAUGGCCGACGGAGAUGAUGUGAAGGAGCAGGAAGACGAGGAGGACAGCCAAUCGCUAAGCGAACAAUAUCAACUGGAUGAGGCCUAUGGCAGCAUUGAAUUAAUUGAGAAUAUGCCACAACCUGUUGAACUAAUGGCAGCGCCUGUAACAACGUCUGCAACAGUACCAACAGCAGCAGCAGCAGCCGUGGCAGUAGCAACAAAGGCAGUGCCCAAGUUGGUACUGCAGAACAGCAGCACAAAUGUUCGGCUGAAAGCAAACAAUAAUAAUAUGAAUAAUAAAGCCACAAAACGUCAGUUGACCACGCAACCUCCGCCUCUGGUGCCAGCAAAUAACAGCAACAACAGUAACAGUAACACCGGCAGCGGCGGCGGCGGCAGCAGUAGUUGUGGUAAUGGACAGCAACAGCAAUUACAUCAACGUGCAGCCGCACUAGCCACAAUGCCGCCCACGGAUGAGGACGAGGAGCCCAAGUUUCGGUGCACCCAUCGUGGCUGUAAUAAGGAAUUUCGGAAUCACUCGGCCAUGCGCAAGCAUAUGCAUACGCACGGACCGCGCGGUCAUGUAUGCAACGUCUGCGGCAAGAGUUUUGUGGAGAGCUCAAAGCUGAAGCGCCAUCAACUGGUGCACACUGGAGAGAAGCCAUUCGAGUGCACGUUCGAGGGCUGCGGUAAGCGCUUUUCGUUGGAUUUCAAUUUGCGAACGCAUGUGCGGAUUCACACUGGAGAUCGGCCAUAUCAUUGCCCCAUCGAUGGCUGCUCCAAGUGCUUUGCCCAGUCCACAAAUCUUAAGUCGCACAUGUUGACGCACACGAAACCCAAACGCAAAUGGCCUCGAGCCCCGCAGGUGAGCAGCAAAUCUCCAUUGGUGGCGCGAUACGGACGGCUGGAAUUUGGCGAAGAUCCCACGCUGGUCUAUGUGGAGUCCAACGAGGAGCUAGCGUCGGUGCUGCUGGAUAGCACGUCGACACCUUCCUAACAAGCAAUGCCGCUGGCUGUUGUAUUCUGAAUUUGGGAUGCAACUAGUAGCUUCUGUGUGUGUCUGUACAGUUAGUAGUAAGAAACAGCGUUAGUUAUCUAAGCGGGCUUUGGCACAGAACGGGUUUAGGGCAAAGGAGAGGAGCACAUGGUGCCCCCAGCCUGCUCUAAGCUCAACUGCUGUUUGCUACUUGGUCCACAAACAAACAAACAAAAAACUAGCUGCUAAGUUUUAAUGCUAUUGAGAAUUAUAAGUUUUGAUGAAGUUGAUUGGAAUGCCCGGCACGAUGGUCAAAAAGUUAUAGAAUUUAGUUUUUUGUAUGCGUUUAAGUAUUUAAGUAUGUAAGCCCCUACAAUAUAUACCCAACAACUCUCCCACCCAGUCCCACGCCUUUCCCUGGCAUCUAGCAUCCCAAAUCCUGCUGUGAAAUGCUAUUAGCAUUUUGAUUCUAAUCGUAACUCUUAAAUGUGUGGCCACUCGAAUAACAAAAAGCUGCACACAAUUUUUCUAUAAAAAUCUUACAAAUACAAUUACUAUUUAAUACACACAUAAACAUUUAAUAACAAAUAGGCUAUAUAUAUUUUUGUAAUGAAAUUGUAACAUUUAGUGCAUUGAAGUGCAAAAGUAAA